ACGACUCGGCCCCGAAAAUGGACGGCGGUGAUUCGGAGAUCUUACUGUCUUCAGAUUUUUCCAACCCGGAGCUGGACCUCCAACUUGCAUGGCUGAACGAACCCAAGAAAAACCCGGUGGUUAAAGCUGCUCCUGGACUCCUCAUAUGUAUGGAUGAGAAGACGGACUUCUGGCAAAAAACAUACUAUGAACCAAUGCACGUGCAGGAUGACGGUCAUGCAUUAUACAUGGAGGUGUCAGAGGUCAAAGUGGUGAUGGAGACAUCAUUCACCCUGAAGGCUGUCAACCAGUUUGACCAGGCUGGUCUGCUUGUCCGGUUUGACGAAGAUCACUGGAUAAAAAUGGGCAUUGAGUUUGUUGAUGGGACUUGUCGUCUGAGUUGUGUGGUAACAAACACCUACAGUGAUUGGUCAACCCAGGACUGGCCUUUGCUCCGUUUGCAUGUCAGGAUUUUCAGGCUAAGAAACAACUUUGUGGUGGAGGGCUCAGCAGAUGGCAAGACAUGGUCCAUGAUGAGGAUAUGCCACCUCCACGUUCCUGAGACAGCCAGCCUUAAGAUGGGCCUGAUGGCCUGUGCACCAGCUGGCGGUGGUGGUCAAGUCACGUUUGACAAACUUGUCAUCAAGAAAUGUAGCGGGUACCAUCACACAAACUAACAGAGCUCAGCUUAGGGAAGCUCGAAAGGAGACUAAUUCUGCAGCAUUUCUGCUGUCUCCAAGCAGUGUCAUGGCAGUCUCUAAGUAAGUAAUUAAUGCACAGAUGAUCAGGAGUGUGAGGGACUACGGUUAUCAUGUUAGGGAGGAAAAAACACAUUCCAUAGCUAAAUUCAAAAACCAGAACAGAAUAAAGACCCCUAAUACUGCUCAUCUAAUGGCUGACGACAGAAACAGUCGUUGGUUUUGACCUUCAAAUACACCCCUGAAAGUCAGAGAAUUCUGUGACCCAAGUGAAUUUAUCAAUUCAUAUUGCAUCAUGUUAAGCCAAAUCAACUAUUUUUAAAUGCCGCUCCUUUCAGGCUUUCUGUGGUGUUUAAUGUGUAAUAUUUCUUCUCUGGCUUCAUGUUUGAUUCUCCCACAUUAAUCUGUGAGAAAAGCGACACCGUUAAACCUCAUUAAUAACAGCACUUUUAAUACAACUCUCUGCUUUACGUCAAGGAAAUUUUUAAGUCCCAAUGGUUUAAAUGGAUUUUCAUUAGUUUCAAUCCUGACAGCACAGGUUUUUUGUUGUAACAAGUGGACCUCUUAUUAAUGACUUUGUCUGGUAUUUGGAAUCCUUCUGGAAACCGACUACAGAAAGGCAAACUUCCUUACAUUACAACAAUGGCUGAAAUAUCAAUGCAAAAUUCCAAUAUGGCAUUUAGUGUGCAAAAAUUAUAUUUAAUAAUUUUGAUGUAAAUAAAAUUUCAGUUAUUUUUCUGAAAAUAAAAGAAGUACAUGUACAAUCAAAUUCAAAACAGUUCGAGUCAUAUGUUACGCAAAUUUGAAAAGGUUUGAUGUUAAUGUUUUUCUGUCGGAAAACAAACAAAAGCCAUACUUGAGUUACUCAGCAGAGGCUGGGAAUGAGGACGGAUGAAUGACCGACGUCGAUGAUGAUAAAUACGCACUUGUGGCAAGAAGAUUUAAGUAUUUAUUUUUACUUCAUUAUGUCAUCACACAAGAGUCAUCACACAUGAGCAUCGACGAACCUGUUAAAUGGCCGGCCACUAACUCCCUUAUUUUUAUUUUUUAUUCUUAACGAGCCUCGGCGUUUCAUGUUUUUCUCAUCCGAUUUUUCAGUGUCUGGGAUAACUUGUUAAAUGCAAGUCUGAAGUUGCAAAGACAAUGUCAUGGUGUGAUUCAGAAAACACUCUCUAUACAUACUGCAGUAACUGCCUUGUUAUAGCACCUCUGGGUGUCAUACUUUCAUUCAUAAACGGUGUAAUAAAUAA